CGGUGCGGAGGAGGCGGGCGCGGUGGCGGGGGGCUCCCCGCCGCCGUGCCCGCCUCCUCCCCGCCGCGGCGGGCGAGGCUCCGCCCGGCUCCCGGGGCCCGCAGCCGGCUGGCGCCCACCCCGCGGCGGGCUCCCGCUCGCCCGGACUAUGAGGAGCGGGACCGGGCGGGGGGCGGCGGCAGCGGCGGCGGCAGCGGCCCCGGUGCGGCGGGAGCGGGAGCGGGAGCGCCGCCGCCGCCGGCCGGGUCAUGCCCGUGCGCCCGGGGCGGCGGGGCUGCGGGCUGCGGCGGGAUGGGCGCGCUCCGGGCCGGUGCCCUCACCUUCCUCCUCCUCCUCCUCCUCGGCUGCCUCCUGCCCCGGCGCGGCCCGCUCAGGCUGGUCUCAGGGCGGGAGGAGAUUAAAGCUGCUUCCCGAAGCUCACCCCAGCCCAUGUCACCCUCUGAUUUCCUGGACAAGCUUAUGGGACGAACGUCAGGGUAUGACGCCCGGAUCCGACCCAACUUCAAAGGUCCGCCUGUCAACGUGACGUGCAACAUCUUCAUCAACAGCUUCGGCUCUGUCACUGAGACCACCAUGGACUACCGGGUGAACGUGUUCCUGCGGCAGCAGUGGAAUGACCCCCGCCUGGCUUACCGCGAGUACCCUGAUGACUCCCUCGACCUUGACCCCUCCAUGCUUGACUCCAUCUGGAAGCCAGACUUGUUCUUUGCCAACGAGAAAGGGGCCAAUUUCCACGAGGUCACCACCGAUAACAAGCUGCUGCGUAUCUUCAAGAAUGGCAAUGUGCUCUACAGCAUUAGGCUGACAUUAAUCCUGUCCUGCCCCAUGGACCUCAAGAACUUCCCCAUGGACAUCCAGACAUGCACCAUGCAGCUGGAAAGCUUUGGCUACACCAUGAACGACCUCAUCUUUGAGUGGCUGGAGAAGCAGGAGGCUGUGCAAGUGGCAGAGGGCUUGACGCUCCCACAGUUCAUCCUCAGGGAUGAGAAGGACCUGGGCUAUUGCACCAAGUACUACAAUACAGGCAAGUUCACCUGCAUUGAGGUGAAGUUCCACCUGGAGAGGCAGAUGGGUUACUACUUGAUCCAGAUGUACAUCCCCAGCCUGCUCAUCGUCAUCCUCUCCUGGGUCUCCUUCUGGAUCAACAUGGAUGCGGCGCCAGCACGGGUGGGCUUGGGCAUCACCACUGUGCUCACCAUGACCACGCAGAGCGCUGGCUCCCGUGCCUCCCUGCCCAAGGUCUCUUACGUGAAGGCCAUCGAUAUCUGGAUGGCUGUGUGCCUGCUAUUCGUCUUUGCCGCCUUGUUGGAGUACGCAGCCGUCAACUUUGUCUCCCGCCAGCACAAGGAGUUCAUGCGCCUGCGCCGGCGCCAGCGGCGACAGAGGAUGGGCCUGAGCAGCGGGACAGCCAGCCUGGAGUCCCUGCGGCAGCUGAGCAGCCAGCACGGCGGCGAGCACACCUACACGACGCUCUCGCAGCUCUCCAACUCCCGGGAGGAAGAGCUUGUCCGUGAGAGUCGCUUCUACUUGCGAGGCUAUGGGCUGAGCCACUGCCUGCAGCCAAAGAAUGGAGCUGGGGAGGGCCCUGGCAUCUACAGCCCCCCACCAGCCAGCAUGCUGCUGCGGGAAGGGGAAAGCCUCCGCAGGCGCUACAUUGACCGGGCAAAACGCAUUGACACCAUCUCCCGAGCUGUCUUUCCCUUCACCUUCCUGGUCUUCAAUAUCUUCUACUGGGUUGUCUACAAAGUGCUGCGCUCGGAGGACAUCCACUCGGUGCCCUGAGGCCUGGAAAAGCAUGACUGCCUCUCGGUCUGAUGUCCCAGUGUGCCCAGGCACCAUGACCUCAGCCAGAACCACGUUCCCCUCUGUCCUGGAGCAGCAGCACUGCCAGGCUGGGCCUCAGAGCCUGGACAAGUGGCAGCUCCCAUGUCCCUUUGGAAGCUGGGGCACCAAGGGCAGGGAUCAGCAACCCCAGGUCCUCUCCUGCCUUCUGCAUGGUGUCACCCCCAGGUACCCAGGGAUGCUGUGCUGCAGGGGGAGCCCCAGGUACCUGGGGAUGCUGUGUGCCAGGGCACAGGGGAGGUUCUGGUACUGAGGGAUGCUGGUGGCCAGGGAACACCACUUCCCAGCCAAACACUCUCCACCUCUCCGCUCCUUCCAUGUCAAGUUGCUGCUUCUUCAGGCUGCAUCACUGAGUCAUGGGCCACAAGCAGGCAGGCGAGAGGGUGCAGUCCUCUCUCCUCCCCUGGCCUGGAGCCUGGUUGCAGGAAAGAGCACACAGCACCCCUGCCUGAGCUCGGACUGUGUGGGAUGCUGGCUAUGGCCCCAUAGCCCCCAGUCCAGCAGUGGACAGGGUGCCUCUGGCCCCUAGCCAUCUCCAACGCACAGCAAAGCAGUGGGUCGGGGAUGCUUCUCUCCCUGCAGAGCCCAGAGGUGCCCACGAUGCCCGCAGCUGCAGGCGGGACUGUGGCAGGGACACCGGGCAGAAGGCUCCGUUUUCUUUGAGGAAAUGCCAGCCCUGGGGCAGGCAGCAGGUGAGCCCAGUCCUGCUGGUGGUGAAGGGACACAAAUGGCCAUUGCGGCUGCAGGGAAGAGCUGCUUGGCACUGGGGAGCCAGCACUGCACUCCCUGCAGGGCAGGGCCCACAGCCCAUCUUCUGAUAGAGAUUUUUAGGAUGAAAGUAGUGGGGGCAGCUUGGCCUAUCCUUUUGAAGGAGUAGAAUGAGUGGUGGCAUCCCCAGACUGCUACGUUCCCACAGCACCACAGUGCCAGCAGAGAGCUGGAGGUGAGAACCGCCCUGUUCCCCAGCUUUUUCCCCACCCUGGCACCCAGGCGCGGUGUCCCCCAGGCAGGUUCACCCCUGCUGCUCCUCCACUGGAGAGGAGAGCAUCCAAAACCUCAACAAGACAAGCUCAGCAAGGCUUCCAGCCCUCCAGACCUGGAUAUCCUCUGUGCUUAGCAGGAAAUAAAAGCAGUAGGUGAUGUUUUUGUAGAUCCUACAGAAAGAAAUGUGUUGAUGCUCUCCUUUCCCCCUGCUCACAGCCAGCCCAGGGAGGGCUGCAGCCCAGCAGAGCCCAUCUCCCCACAAUCCCCAGUGCAGGAGGGUGCCCAGGGUCUUCCAAGCAGGGUGGGAUGGAAACUGGAUUUGCCCCUUUCCUUGGAGGCUGUGGUGCCACCAUUUAACAGCGAGGGCCCCAGUGACCCACCUAUCAUGGCAAAAGGGACCCUGCAGGGUGGGCAGGAGGCCAGCACUGCCUGAUGAAGCCAGACCUGGGCAGAGCCCCCUGCCAUGGCCCCCAGCCCCACUCCUCAGGCAGGCAUCAUCCUCUCCAUCGCAUGAGUCACUGGGGGCGAAGCCCUGCCAUUCCCACCCCUGCCCAGCCCCUCCAGCCCUGCAGAGCACUCAGCCACAUGCACCCAUUUCACAGAUGGGGCAAGUGGAAGAGAACUGGCCCCAGGCCACUCCCAGGACCCACCAGGACAGCUGAGCCAGCUCCAUCCCACUGCCACUGCUGUACAUGCCCUCCCAGCUGUGGGGGUCCCCACAGGGCCCCACCGUGCUUCCAGGUCAGGCUUUUGGGACGUGUUUUUGGGAAGGCUCCGUUUGGAGGCAGAGGAAGGGGUUGCACCUCGACUGCUCAGCUCACCUGGCACCCAGUGCCCAGAGGCAGCAACGGGGAGGUGCCAGUGCCAGGCAGCGCUUGCAGGCACUAGGCAGCCAAGCCACCCUCUAGCAGCGGUGGGUUUUUAAACAGCAUCAAUCUUCCUACGCAAA